AUGUUAUGUCCGCGUGACCAAAUUCUAGUAAUCCUCCCAAGAUCGACAUGUACUUUGACAGUCACUACAAGCAUAUUGACGACGACAUCGACAACAACAGCGAACACUACAUCUAGUGCUUCAGCAAAUACAUCUAGCACAGUAUUGACAACAACAACAACAACUGUACUUACUACAACAACCACAGCAAAUGUUUGCCUCGAUAGCAAUGCGUUAGUAACAGUCCUGUUUACACUCAGUCUAAUAGCUCCUCAGAAUUACACGUUUUAUUCCUAUGUGUAUACUGCAACGGCUGGACACACAUUAGGAUCAUUAAUUUUCAGCUUAAGAAACGAUCCGGCCUACUGGUUUUUGGAUGAUGUUUCAGUAAAAUCAGUUUCGACUUCAGCAGAACUGUUAACAAAUGGUGGUUUCGAAUCAGGUUCAUUGACCUCAUCCUGGAUAUAUUGUAAUCCAGUAAGUGGCUCAAGCUCUAGCCAAGUCACAAUGGGUAAUCAACGCACUGGUACAUACUGUUACAGGGACGGUUCAUCUAAUUCUUACGAUUAUCUCUCUCAAAAAUUGACGAUGAUCAGUGGUAGUCAGUAUAAUAUUAGCUUUUGGUUGGCAUCUCGUUUAGGUGUUGUUGUAUACACGAAUGGAACUGUACUAGCACAAGUGACAUUACAAUUUUGA